AUGUCCGCCCAACCAAGCAACUCUGGCAUCGUGACCAACUCCACCGGCGAGCGCCACAUACCUGAGUCGACCCGCGCGGACGGCUCCGUACGGAAGGCCAUCAAAAUCCGUCCUGGCUACAAGCCUCCCGAGGACGCCGAGAUCUACAAGAACCGAACCGCCGAGACCUUUCGCAACCGCUACAAGGGCGGCGUGAUCGGCGCUGAAGCCGCCACGUCAGGUUCCACCGCCAACGGUACACUUGCAACUUCGUCAGCGGCUGCGAACAAGAAUGCCAAGCGGCGCGAGGCGCGCAAAAAGGCCAAGGCUGCCGGUGAGGCCGGCGGCGAAGAGGAGGAGGACGCUGCUGUUGAUCCUGAUGUCGAGCGCAAGAAGAAGGCUAGGAACCUCACCAAGAAGCUGAAGCAAGCCAAGGAGCUGAAGAGCAAGAAGGACGAUGGGCAGUCUCUGCUCCCUGAGCAGUUCGCCAAGGUGAUCAAGAUCAAUGAGCUCGUCCGUGAGCUAGCUGCCCUUGGCUUUGACAGUGAGGGUGAAUCUGUCGAGGAGGAUGCCAAGGGUCAGGACAAAAAGGAAGAGGCCCCUGCCUGA